GUCAGAGCUAACACGUCUGCGUAUAAAUAAAUUCUUUGAAAAAUUUUCAAAUCGCAUUUUAAAUCGGACGCGCGUUCUAUCUACCACUGCAGAGUUAUCGAUAAGUUACCGUUCACUUAACAUUUGCGACCAGUUCCAGUUCGCGAGUUUCGAUUUGCGCGAACUAAAAGAUUCACCAAUGUCGCCUAUCAGCUGUUUCUGUUGUCUUGUAUAUUUGUUUGCUAUACAAAUUUCGAUUAUCAUAAGUAUUGUUCUCAGAUAUGCAUUUAAAUAUGAUUAAGUUAAGGGAUGUACACUUGAUGAGCUGCCUAAUAGAUGGCUCCGCUGACGAAGACAAGGUUCUGCAGUUUUGUUGCCACGAUCAACGUAAGGAGCUGAGCUACACUGAAAAUCUGCCUGUUGCCGAGUUCCUGCAGCGCAUCAAGCAAUUAAACAAACGCGUGGAGUUUCCAGCAGAAGCCGUGCGUACGGCCUUAAGCAGCGCCCAGCCAGCAGAUGCUACAUUUCGAGCAGCCUCACAGAAUGGUGCGGAACAGCAGCAGGAACUGAACCAGGACGAGCAGCUGGAGCAGCGCACGGUGCUUAGUUUGAAGUAUCGCAUUGAAGGCACGCCGGCGCCUCUGAAAUGGGAGUGGCACCUGACGUCCACGGACAGUGUCCUACUAACAUUCUAUCGUCACAUGUUGAAGAAUGCACUGUAUACAGCCGCCAGUCUAAGCAAAAAUGUACACUACUUGUUGGAUAUUGUUAAGAAAAAGGAUAUAGAAGUUCAGCAAUAUCGCCGGGAUGGUGCUCGCCAUUGGAGGACUACUGUGGCAACGGAGCCCUUCGACGUGGAGGCUUUCAGUGCACAGAAUAAACAGCUGCUGUCAACUGUGGCUGCCUUUGAGCCUGACGAUCUCAAACUUGACGAUAUACCAACGGCCACAUCCACCAUCAAAAGUGAAUCAGCGGGCUGCUCCACUAGCGUGGCUGCCAAAUGCUUAAGUCCACGCAACAGAAAGCGCAAGGCAAUGGAAACAGGUAAACAACACGUGGAACGUAAGGUGCUGCAGCGUCGUCGUGUUCCACAGCUUCAAUACAAGAGUAGUGAAAGUCAGGAAUCCGAAUUGGAUGCCAUGUUUGGUCAGAUCAAAGCCGAAUCAGUCAAGGCUGAAGUUGAGUCAAUGGUAGCCGGGAUCAAGGAGGAGCCAAGUCCAGACGACGAAAUGGCUAAAACAGAGCUGGAUGAAAUAAUGCAGUUGAUCAAUCGCACGGAAGAGCAAACCAAACAAAUUCUUGAAGAACAUCAAAUCGCUUAGAAUCGAUGAAGAUGGCAAUAUUUAAAGCUCUACCUCUCUAUCACUCUAUCUCGCUCACUCUUUUCAAACUACAGAACAAUGUCUGGUCACUGCAAUAUUUUUAGUUGUUUCAAAAUUUGUUAAAUUUUUUUUAUUGAAUGUCAGUUUAUACACAUAGCUGAUGCUGACCAAAUGCAUAUAAGUUGUAAGAUCUAUUGAUCUAAAUUAGCAAAUUAUAUUAUAUAUAUUAUAUAUAAUUAUUAAUGUAAUAUGUAUUAUAAAUUGUACAUAAUUAUUAUGUAACUUGUAACAAUUAUUGCCUGUAAUUGAUAAUAUAUUUUAAAUUUAUUGUUCAUUUUAA